AUGCAGCUGUCCAAGCUUCAGGGCUACAGCCCUCGACUACUACGGGCUUCAGUCACAGCUUCGCGACCUGGAAUACCGAUACGAGCAUCAAUUUCCCGGACUGGAUUAUUCAACCAUUGGCCAUCUCCACUCCAGACUUCCUCAUACGAGCUUUUUUAUCAAUUACCUGCUGUGCGCCAUUAUGCCAACGGAAGGGCGCAUCCCCCGGGCGGAACACACCGUAUGAAUUUAGGCAGCGAGCCGGAAAAGCCGGCUUUGGAGGCAUAUGGAGUCGAUCUUACUGCUAGAGCAAAGGAUGGGAAGCUUGACCCGGUCAUUGGCAGGGAUGGAGAAAUCCAGCGUACCAUACAAAUCCUCUCAAGGAGAACGAAGAAUAACCCUGUCUUAAUUGGUUCCGCCGGCACUGGAAAAACUGCUAUCCUCGAAGGCCUAGCCCAGAGAAUUGUCAGAGGCGACGUCCCGGAGAGCGUAAAGAAUAAGCGUGUGAUCGCUCUAGAUCUGGGUCAACUUAUUGCAGGGGCAAAAUUUCGAGGUGAUUUCGAAGAGCGAUUGAAAAAAGUUCUGAAGGAGGUGGAGGAUGCUGAAGGCGGGGUUAUCCUCUUCGUGGAUGAGCUCCAUACGCUACUCGGGCUUGGAAAGGCUGAGGGAAGCAUUGACGCAAGCAACCUUCUAAAGCCGGCUUUGUCGCGAGGUGAACUGCAAUGCUGUGGUGCUACAACAUUGAAUGAGUACCGCCAGAUCGAGAAAGAUGCUGCUCUAGCGCGACGGUUCCAGCCGAUUCUUGUUGAAGAACCCUCGGUUCCGGACACCAUAUCGAUAUUGAGAGGCAUUAAAGAAAAGUACGAAGUUCACCAUGGUGUCAGAAUCACAGACAGUGCUCUUGUCGCUGCUGCCACAUACAGCAACAGAUAUAUAACGGAUCGCUUUCUGCCAGACAAGGCAAUUGAUCUCGUGGACGAGGCCGCUUCUGCUCUUCGAUUACAACAAGAGUCAAAACCCGAUGCAAUUCAAGAACUCGACCGGCAAAUUAUGACAAUCCAAAUCGAGCUUGAAUCUCUCCGCAAAGAAACCGAUAUUACCAGCAAAGAACGUCGGGAGAAGUUAGAAGAACUGCUGAAAACAAAACAAGACAAAGUGAAGGAACUUACUGAUGUCUGGGAAAAGGAGAAAGCGGAGCUUGAUGCCAUCAAACAAGCCAAGGAGGAUUUGGAACGGGCGAGAGUUGAUUUGGAGCUCGCCCAGCGCGAAGGCAACUUCGCUAAAGCUAGCGAACUACGAUACUCGAUAAUUCCGGGACUUGAAAGUAAACUCCCCAAGGAAGGAUCUGAAACGACGACUACCACUACUGCUGACGGUGAUGUGCUUCUCCACGAUUCUGUGACAAGCGAUGAUAUAGCUGCUGUGGUAUCGCGUACAACGGGUAUCCCGGUAAAUAAGCUUAUGGCUGGCGAGAUCGAGAAACUCAUCAACAUGGAAGACAUUUUGAGACAGUCAGUGCGUGGACAGGACGAAGCACUUUCUGCCGUCGCCAAUGCCGUACGCAUGCAGAGAGCAGGACUUAGUGGAGAAAAUCGACCGCUGGCAUCGUUCAUGUUUUUGGGCCCAACAGGGGUCGGCAAAACGGAGCUUUGCAAGAAGAUGGCGGGUUUCUUGUUUUCGACCGAAACGGCCGUUUUACGGUUCGACAUGAGCGAAUUUCAGGAGAAACACACUGUUUCCCGCCUUAUUGGCUCUCCAGCUGGAUAUGUCGGGUACGAAGAUGCGGGACAGUUAACGGAAGCUGUUCGAAGGAAACCCUACGCUGUAUUACUAUUUGACGAGUUUGAGAAAGCUCAUCGUGAUAUAUCAGCAUUACUGCUUCAGGUCCUAGACGAGGGUUUCCUCACUGAUGCCCAGGGUCAUAAGAUUGACUUCAGGAACACUCUGAUUGUUUUAACAUCCAAUCUCGGAGCGGAGGUUCUUGUUGGGGCAGACGCUUCCCUUGGGGAUGAGAUCUCAGCAGAGAUAAAGGCGGCUGAUCGACGAGUUCAUCCUUUUCAAGCGACUCUCGAAACCGCGUUGCGAGAUAUCGUAGACAUUAGGUUGCAAGAACUUCAGCAAAGGCUAGAUGAUCGACGAAUAACCUUGAACGUGGAAGAUGGCGUUAAAGAUUGGCUUUGUGAAAGGGGUUACGAUCCUCGAUACGGAGCUCGUCCGUUGAACAGGCUCAUUUCAAAAGAAAUCGGGAACCGUCUAGCGGAUAAAAUAAUCAGGGGUGAAGUUGUCACUGGUCAGGAUGUGAAUGUCACUUUCGGUAGUGACAAGUCUGGGCUUGACAUCGUAUCUACAAAAGCAGCGUAA